UGGGGUCCGUGUUCAACAACGUGUGGUCCCGGUGUAGCUACACGUACGGUUGAAUGCGUAGCUUUACAAGGAAUAACCUCAAAUAUUAUUAAACUGCCAGAUUAUGAAUGUGAAGGUAUACCGAGACCGAAUGCAUUUCAACCAUGUCAAGUACAACAAUGCGUAUUAAAUGAAGUAAUAAAUGAUUUACCUGUACGUGAACGAUCAUUAACACCUGCACGUUCAUUCAAAUGGGAUUAUGGUGAUUGGACGGUUUGUUCUGCUUCAUGUCUUGGAGGUAAGCAACGCUCCACUCUUAAAUGUGUGGACGUCAAACGACGAACCGCUGUUGCAUGGUCAUUUUGUGAUGCAAAGCAACGCCCUGUUGAUUUGACACGUUCUUGCAAUAAUGACCCAUGUCCACCUGAAUGGGAUAUUGGUGAAAUGUCACAAUGCUCACAUACGUGUGGUGGUGGAUUACGUACUCGAAAGGUACGCUGUAUACGUCGUAUAUCACGAACUGGUGGUGCCGAAUCAACAUUAAUUCUGCCAGAUGGACAAUGUCCACAACCAAAACCGGUCAACAGUGAAGCAUGUGGUUUAAUAGAUUGUCCCCUUAUGUGGAAGAUCGGUGAUUGGGGUCAAUGUUCAACAACUUGUGGUCCUGGUGAGCAACGUCGUGAGGUGACCUGUGAGCAACGUGUUGCUGAUGGCGAAUUGAAGCAAUUUUAUCCUCCAAUACAGUGUCGUCAUAUCGAAAAGCCACCAACCAUUCAACUUUGUGAUUUAGGUAAGUGCAACAGCUUAUCUGAUUCGAUACUUCGAGAAGUUGAAAAUAAUAUGAAUUCAUCACCUUUAACACAACAACAUGAUGGACAUAAUCGAAAGUUAACAUUAAAUAUUGGCGGUAGCGCAAAGUUAUUCGUUGGUACAUCAUUAAAAGUUAAAUGCCCAGUUCGUAAUUAUGCAAAGAACAAAAUUAUUUGGACAAAAAAUGGAAAAAAAAUAACUAACAAUGCACACAUAAAAGUAUCAUCAAAUGGUGCAUUACGUAUUUUUCACGCUCGAAUGGAAGAUGCUGGCGUGUAUGCUUGCAUAGCUAAUGGUAUUCAAGGAAAUGUUACGUUAAGUUUCAAACCACGAGAAAAUAAAGAUGAAAAUGAAAAUGAUUCACGUUCAAUGUUAAAACAAAAAAUAUUGGAUAGCGAUGUGGAAAAUGAUCCAAUUGCUGUUGAUUAUCAACUAUUAGAGAAAGUGCGACAAUCGUUAAAAGACAAUAAUGAUAUCCGAAUGUUAGAAAAAUUAGCUGAAGUAACUGAACCAGGAAAUAUUAAGAUUGAUUAUGCUGCUGGUGAAUGGUCAAAAUGUUCAGAUUAUGAAUGCGGAAAACCGGGCCGAGCACAGGUACGACAAUUGAAAUGUCGCAUUAGUUAUCGAGGUUCGAUCGGAUAUCUCGAUGAUGAUGUAUGCGAAAGUUUCGGUGUUAUACGGCCACCUUCCUCGAGAAGUUGCCUUCCAUCGUAUUGUCCACGAUGGCAUACAUCUUCAUGGUCUGAGUGUUUAACUUCUCGUUGUAUCCGACAUUCUACGUCAGUACAAAGACGUGAAGUAAAAUGCGCAUAUGAAAAUGGUACAAAUGCAGCAUUUGAAUUGUGUGAUCGAGAAAGUCGACCAAAAUUAAAAAAGGAAUGUAUUAAUGUGAAUUGUACAGCUGAUUGGCGAUCAUCCGUUUGGGGGCAAUGUAGUCGAACAUGUGGUGAUGGUGGAGUACAAAUGCGUCUGUUACGCUGUGUAUGGCGUGGAACACGUAAACCAGCUGGCCGUAAUUGUCAAUCAUCAUUACGACCAGCAGCAAUUCGAGCAUGCCAAGAAGCUAGCAAUUUACCUGCAUGUCCAAUAACAGGUGCUAGUGCUGUUGUUCCUGAUGCUCCUAAUGCUAUAGUCGCAUCUAAACCUUUUUUAUUCAAAGGAUUGGAAAAUUGGCGUGGCUGGAGACUUUAUGAUUGGGUACCUGAUAGUAAUGGAAAUUUUCGACGAAAAUUUUGA